AUGAACUUCGUUUCCGUUUUGUUGCAGUUAUUGGCGUUGCUAUCCUGUACGUUUGCCGGCACGAUUAAUCACGAUCAAGUGCAGCCAUUCGCCCAACCCGACCCAGUCACGAUAUCUGAAAAGGCUGCUGUCAAGUACAGGCCACAACUUCACGUCAAGGAUGGUUGUGCUUCGUUUCCGGCCGUGAAUGCUGCUGGCGACAUCACGGGUGGGCUCAAACCAACGAAAGAGACUGAUGGUUGUGCGGAAGCUCCUCUAGGGUCUCAAAUGUACGGCCGAUCGAAGUGGUAUCAAGACAGGUGGGCCAUGAUGUUCGCGUGGUACUUCCCUAAAGGCUUUAUUACUAGCCAGCCCCGGAUCCGUCACUACUGGAUGAGUAUGGUGUUGUGGCUCGACAAUCCAGCACUAGAGACGCCGAAGGUUCUUGGCGCGUCGCUGUCGCAACAACUUCUGAAGCCGCGAAGAUGGAUGGGCUUUAACAUGGCAGGGGAUAAAGACCCAUACCAGAAGUUCACGAGUGUUCCUCCAAUUGGCUUCGUGGGCACCCAAGAAAUCCGACAGAACAGAAUCACCAGAACAAGGUGGAACUUCACCUACGAAGGUGGAUCUAACAUAUCAACUCGCGUUUCUACAAUAAUGGUUGAUUCAUUCGGCUGGCUACCGCUAACAUUUUCCUAUCGUGAUGGCCAGUACCAUGAUCUCAUCAUGUGGGAACAACUAACAGACGAAGCGCGCGCAGCUCUCAAUUCGGCGGAUUUCGGAGAGUCGAAGGUUCCUUUUAACGACGAAAACUUCGAGACUUCACUAGGCCUUGCUUGGCCGUUUUAA